AUGUCGCUCAUGGUCAAAACAUAUCCGUUCUACAAAUGUGAACCUCAAACACUGACAGAAGAAGGUUCAUUCCAUUCCCCCAACUUCCCGUAUAACUAUCCCGCGAACGCCGAUUGUCUAUGGACAAUCCAGAUUCCGGAAAACUUCUCAGAGCAAUACCAUUUCAUCAAGCUGAAGUUUCAAGCAUUCAGGGUGGAGUACCAUUCGUCUUGUGGUUUCGACAGCGUUAAAGUUUAUGACAACGCAGGGUCUAAUAAAACACUGUUAGGAUCAUUCUGUGGCGUUGUUAACCCACCUCCGUUACAAUCCACCACUUCCAAGAUGACUGUUAUAUUUACCAGUGAUUACUCCAUGCAAUUUGGAGGCUUCAAUGUAUCUAUCGAGUUCACGAACUCCAAAGAAUGUCCUAAGUCUUGUAGAUGCGUCUCUGAAACUGGUGUAUUUAAAGUGGAUUGUAAAUCUUCAAACUUAAGCUCUGUUCCACAUGAAAUUCCGGCAGGCGUAACAGAAAUCUGUCUUUCAGAUAACAUGAUAGAGGCACUACAAAUGUCAGCGUUUGCGUCCUUGAAGCUCGUUCAAAAAUUGUAUUUAUCAAAGAAUCGGAUUACUCAACUGAAAAAUGGAACGUUUCGGGAUAAUUCUAACUUGGAAGAGUUAUUCUUAGCCAGAAAUGAGAUCGUUGAAUUUGAAGACGGAUCAUUUUCCGGACUCGAGAGUUCUCUUGUCAUUUUGUUUCUGUCAAACAACUACAUCUCGUCUUUGUCCAGCGGCGUGCUCGAAAGUCUAACGUCCCUGAAAUAUUUAUUUCUAAGCGAUAACAAUAUUGCAAGUGUGAAUUCAGGCACUUUCAAGAGCCUUUCUUCGUUAAGGCUGAUAAACCUGGCGAACAAUCCUAUCACAGAGUUGCAAAAAAAUGCGUUUACAAUACAGAAGUCAGAUCUGAGGAUAUUGUAA